AUGUCCUUCCGCCGCGCAGCCCUCUUGCUCGCCGCGGCCUGGGCUUUGCCGGCCGUCGUCACGGUCGACGCCAUCACGUUCCCACAGACGGUUGAGGUCGACCUCGUUUUCCCGCGCAACGAGACCUACGCGCCGUCCCCGAUCUUCCCCGUCGUCUUUGCCUUCCAGAACCCGGCCCUGGCCCCGGCGCUGGACCCGGACUUCAGCCUCAACCUCUGGGUGAACGUCGAGCACAACUCCACAAUCUAUCUGAAUAUGAUUGACUUGACGGCCGUCAACUUCACCAGCACCACAGCCGCCAACGGCACCAGCGAGCCGCUCUUCGUCUACACGUACGCCGUCAACCUUAACACAACUAGUAAUGGCGCCGACCCGGUGACGCGGUACAACCUGGUCUGGGCGUUUGGCGCCGGUAACUGCUCGGCGCAGGAGGAAGGCGGGCCCGUUACACUAGGCGGCGGCUUCCGCAGCAAGAACGUCGUGUUCUCGAUUGCGCAGAGCGGCGGCGCCGCGCCCGAUAUUGCCGGAGGCGAAGUUAGUGAAUGCUCGCGCCUGACCAACAUGGCCUUCAACCUGACCGACAUUCUGCCCGUGGCCGACGUGAGCAAGAACGACGGCCACGACACGUGCGCCGUGUUCUCGGACACGACACCGUUACCCGUUGGCAACCCGUGUGCGGCCACGGCCGACGCGGCUGUGGCGGCGAGCAUCUCGGCGGCCGCGACGUCUCACGUGUGCGCGGCCGUGAGCCCUGCGAUCAGCUGUCCCAGCAAGAAUUCGGGCGCGGCCCUUUCUGUCUACGCUGCCAGUACAUGGGCAGUCGCUGCUCUGGCCGCGAUGAUUCUCCUGUAG